AUGGUUAGACAUCUUUCCUCUAAGCCUAAUGCUGAUUCAUUAACUAGAACCUGCAGACCCAAAGGAGUAGCAGACCCAAGGAUUAGCCUAGUUAUAUUUGCUGGCGAUGUCAUGCCAAUUGACAUAAUGUCCCAUCUUCCUGGAGUAUGUGAAGAUAAAGAAGUUCCUUAUUGUUACAUGCCAUCAAGAAAAGAUUUAGGAGCUGCUAUGGGAGUCAAUCGGUCAGUUGUGACGGUCAUGGUGAAGCCCAAAGAUGUCUAUUCAGAACUGUAUGAAGAAGUACUUGGAGAAAUUAAGGCACUGCCACUUCCAAUCUAA